AUGCACCUCUCGAAGUUUGAAAUUUUAGCCAUUUCAAUUGGUAUACUAAUUGCAAUACAACCUUCCUAUAUUCAUCCAGAUGAACAUUUUCAAAGUUUAGAGAUACUCGCACAACUAUUCUAUGGAAUUAACGGUACUAUCCCAUGGGAAUAUGAUCUAAUAAAUGGUGCCCGUAGCUUUGUUCCUUUGAUUUUGUAUUAUGGACCUGUCUAUUAUCUCUUGGCAUGCAUCCUGCAUAUUAAUAAUCCGAGUAUACUAUUGUAUUGUGUGAGGUUACAACACGCAUUAUCAUUCCUAUUAAUAACGUACAUGAGUUUAUCUUAUAUUGUCCCUAAUAGCAAGGCUUGCAGAUCAAAAGCCUACGUUUAUGUGAUUACUUCAUAUGUGACUUGGUCGUUUCAAAGUCAUUCAUUUUCAAAUUCCAUAGAAACCUUGGUUCUACUAGCAACGAUAGCUACAUUUUCAAUGCAGUUAGAAAAAUCCACUCAAAAUUAUUAUUUGCUUUCGAUAUUUCAAGGUAUAUUAAUAACUUUGGGUAUCUUUAAUAGAAUGACAUUUCCUGCAUUCGUAUUUUUACCCUCGUUGAUGGUAUUUUGGAAAUAUUACUUAAACCAUUGGAGGAGUUUUAUGCUGUUAAUUCUAACAAUAGUUGUUACGUCUUUUAUUUUCAUUUUGAUUGACACCAAUAUUUAUGGUAGCAGCAUUUACAUUAUUGCACCAAUGAACAAUUUAUUAUACAAUGUAUCUGUUGAUAAUUUAUCCCAGCAUGGUUUACAUCCAAGGUACACACAUAUAUUGGUAAAUCUACCGCAAUUAAUAGGUCCUGGUAUACUAUAUAUGAUACCUCAUCAUAAAAAUCAAAUAAAAUCAUUUUUCAUGUCAUUACCCAUGUUAUCUAUUUAUUCUGCGAUACUUAUAUUAUCGUUAUUCCCACAUCAAGAAUUAAGAUUUUUGACACCAUUGGUCCCAUUCAUAUGUAUUAAGUUAGCGAAGUGUAAGUCGCCAAUAUUCUUCAAGAUAUGGGUAAUGUUCAAUUUAACCAUGGGUAUUAUUAUUGGAGUAUUCCAUCAGAGUGGGAUAGUGGAUAUUUUAACUCAACAAAUAUUUUACGCCGAUCGUGAUAUCAAUGUACAUAUAUGGUGGAAAUCUUACUCUCCACCCACGUGGAUGUAUAUGAAUGAUAAUUUAACAGUAAGUACAACAAAUUUCAUUGAUGAUAUUGAAAGAAUCGAUAAUAUCGAUUUUAAUAUGCAUGAGAAUUAUGUCAUAGAUUUAAAAGGUUCUGACCUAAAACUUACAAAUGAAACAAUAUGGAAUUUUAUGAAGAAUGAUGCUAUGAGAAAGAUUACACUAUUCUACCCAAGUUCCGUCGAGUCCAAAGUGCUACAGAUUCUAAACAAUACUCAUAUACAGCAUAAGAAAAUUUACCACACAAGGAGACAUUUAGAUCUUGAUCACUUCGAUAUCAAUGAUUUAUCUACAUUCAUUCCUGGCUUUUCCGUCGUGGAACUUCAAUACGCAUAA